AUGUGUGAAUACCAUCUGAAUAGGUGUAUGGAAAACUAAAGUAUUAUACAGAUCACAUAAUAUGAUCUUAUUGAGAGGGGGAAAAACAGAUACCCAAGGAUGUCAAAUUCCCAUUCAGCUUUCCUGCCAUAAUCUGCUACCUUUCUAAAGCAGUGAAGGCAAAAGUCAUCUAAUAAGGACAAAGUAAUUGCUGCUGCAACUCCACUUGUGCAACACUCACUUUUCAUGGAAAGCAAGCCUUUCUGGCAACAUAGGAAGAGAAGGAAUACUGGUGACCUUUGGAUUGCAAAGACCAGCUGCCAGACUGUUGGAGGCAUAAGAAAUGUCCUUCCUGCCUGACUUGGGAAUCUUCACCAUGGGCAUGUGGUCUAUUGGUCUUGGAGCUCUUGGUGCAGCUGUGACAGGGAUCGUCAUUGCUAACACUGAUUUAUUUUUGUCCAAACCAGAAAAUGCUACGUUGGAGUUUUUAGAGGAGAUAGAGCUAAAAUCUUUGGGAUCAGAACAAAGGACAUUCAAAGCAGGUGAACUAUGGAAGAAAAAUGGUGCAGUGAUCAUGGCUGUGCGAAGACCUGGAUGUUUUUUGUGCAGAGAGGAGGCUUCUGAGCUCUCCUCUCUGAAACCUCAGCUGUCGAAACUGGGUGUCCCUCUCUAUGCUGUUGUGAAAGAGAAGAUAGGGACUGAAGUGGAGGAUUUUCAACCUUACUUCAAAGGAGAAAUCUUUCUGGAUGAAAAGAAAGGUUUCUAUGGGCCACGCAGACGAAAAAUGAUGGUAUCAGGUUUCUUCCGCUAUGGAGUCUGGCAAAAUUUCUUCCGUGCUUGGAAAAGUGGAUAUAGUGGUAACCUGGAAGGAGAAGGAUUCACCCUGGGAGGAGUAUAUGUGAUUGGUGCUGGAAGACAGGGUGUUUUACUGGAGCAUCGUGAGAAAGAAUUUGGAGACAAAGUCAACCUUCCAUCUGUUCUUGAAGCUGCUGAGAAGAUAAAACCCCAAGCUUCAUAAGUAGAAAAACAGCUGCACAUGUUUCUGACCACAGCUCGAAAUGUAGAAUGCAUCUGUUUCUUGAAUGUUGCAGUUAAUUGCUUUUUAACUAUUCAGUGAUCAAUACAGAGGACAGAUUCUCUAUUCAAAUAUAGAAAAUCAUUAAAAUCUUCCUGGAUCUUCUUUUGUUGCUUUGCAGCCUUUCAAGUGGUCAGGAUUUCAACUGCUUUUUUGUGCCUGGCUGUAUUAAUGAAAGGCUGGUUCUAAAAUCCGUCCUAGUGUAGAUGUUUCCAGUCAGUCAGUUGAAAACCUGCCUACCUAGGGGAGCAGAUCUUCGCUAAGGCUGAAGUAAUGGGGUACCAGCUGAGGUUGAAGGAUAAUAAAACUUUAUACAAA